AUGAAUAGGUUCACUAAGGAGGCGCUCAAGGUCCCGGAUUUAGACCAGAAAGUAGCUAUGAUUGCCCUACAGCAAGGAACCACGGAUGAUAAUUUCCGCCGAUCACUAGCCAAGAGGGCCCCUGAAAAUAUGAAUGAGCUCCAGGAGAGGGCCGGGAAGUAUAUCAAGGCUGAGGAAAGCCUGAAGAAAUCUCAGAAUAACCAGGGACCGACCCCGAACCCAAAGAAACGUGGAAACGACACCGAGUACAACGCGGAUAGUAAGUAUUCAAAGACAGGGGAUGGUGAUAAGUCCCCCACCAAAAAGAAAGCAGGACCGAGGUUCACUGAGUUUCAUAAGGAUACAGGACAUAAGACCGAUGAUUGCCGGCAGUUGAAGGAUGAGAUCGAGUUUUUGAUCCAAAAAGGCAAGCUGUCCAAGUAUACUAGGGAUACGGACAAGAAUCCCCGUGACAAUGACAACCGUGGAAGAGACAACGAUGAUAGGAAUAAGAGAAACCAGCCAAGAGGGCCUGUGAUCAAUGUAAUCUCUGGAGGACCGACCGCAGCAGGCCUAUCUAGUAACUCACGAAAAGCUUAUGCUCGUGAAGUGAUGUACAUUGUUGGAGAGCCCCCGAAGAGGGCAAAAAUUGAGUUUGCUUUAGCAUUCGACAAUUUAGAUCUUGACAGAGUUAAAUUUCCCCAUGAUGAUCCUUUGGUAAUCACCCCGGUGAUUGGAAACUCUUCUGUAAAAAGGGUACUCGUUGACGGUGGAGCCUCAGUAGAUAUCUUAUUUCAUGAUGCAUAUGAGAAGAUGGGAUAUUCAGAUUCGCAAUUGACACCUUCAGAUAUGCCUAUAUACGGCUUUAAUAACGUGGAGACAAAGAUUGAAGCAAUCCCAUCCACCUACCACUUGAAGAUCAAAUUCCCUACCAAGAAUGGGGUGGGAGAAGAGAUAGGAGAUCAAAAAAUGGCUAGAAGUUGUUAUGUGGGGGCUCUGAAAUCUGGAGGGACCGGGGGGCAAGUUCUCCCAAUUGAGGACUUGGAUGUCCGAGAGGAAGAGGAAAGGAGAGGAAAGCCAGCUGAGGACUUGGUUCCCUUCUCCCUAUAUCCAGAUGAGCCCGAGAAGGUGACCUAUGUAGGGGCGUCGCUCCCCGAGGAUAUGAAAUCCGAAUUUGUGAAAUUCUUGAGGAACAACCGGGAUGUGUUUGCUUGGACCGCAGCCGAUAUGCCAGGGAUUGAUCCCCUCUUUAUGACACACACGCUUAACGUAAGCCCAGAUAGAAAACCCGUGAAACAAAAGAAGAGAAGUUUUGCCCCUGAGAGGCAGGAAGCCAUAAAACAGGAGGUCGAUAAGCUUUUGGAAGCAGGUUUUAUAGAGGAAAUCCAAUUCCCAGAAUGGCUAGCUAACCCAGUCAUGGUCAAAAAAGCUAAUGGAAAGUGGAGGAUGUGUGUAGACUUCACAGAUUUGAAUGAUGCUUGUCCUAAGGACUGUUUUCCUCUCCCAAGAAUAGAUACUCUGAUCGAUGCUACAGCUGGGCACGAGAUGUUGAGCUUUAUGGAUGGAUUUAGUGGAUACAACCAGAUCCGAAUGAAUAAGGACGACAUUCCUAAGGUAUCAUUCAUCACUGAUUUUGGUAUCUUUUGUUAUUUGGUUAUGGCGUUUGGUUUAAAGAAUGCAGGAGCCACAUAUCAACGCCUGGCAAAUAAGAUGUUCAAACAUCUGAUUGGAAAAACCAUGGAGUGUGCCUUUGGAGUUGGGUCUGGAAAAUUUUUGGGUCUGAUGGUCUCAAAACGUGGAAUUGAGGCCAACCCCGACAAGAUAAAGGCCAUCCUUGAUAUGGAGCCGCCUAAGUCUAUAAAAGAUGUUCAAAAGCUAACAGGAAGAAUCGCGGCACUAGGACGUUUCAUCUCGAAGUCCGGGGAUAAGUGCUUGCCCUUCUUUAAGGCUUUGAAGAAAGUUAAAGAUUUUGAAUGGACAAGUGAGAGCCAAGAGGCCUUUGAGCAGUUGAAGAAGUAUAUGGCAGAGCCACCACUCUUAUCAAAGCCCGUGGAUGGAGAAACAUUAUAUGUCUACUUGGCUGUCUCUGAGAAAGCACUGAGUGCGGUCUUGGUUCCUUCAAGAAAGCUGAGGCCUUACUUCCAGGCUCACAAAAUUGAAGUCUUGACAGACCAGCCCCUUAGGAACAUAAUGCAUAGCCCGAAGGCUAGUGGGAGAUUAAUCAAAUGGGCAGUAGAGCUUGGGGAAUUUGAAAUUCGAUACAAACCACGGGUGGCAAUCAAGGCUCAAGCUCUAGCUGACUUCCUCGUUGAAUGCACCAUCGACAACAAGGAAGUCGGGGGGCAGGAGAGUAUGGUAGAGGAACCCAAAGAAGAGGAGAAGCCUAAAGAGUAUUGGUUACUAUUUUUUGACGGAGCUUCAAAAACAAAAAAUAGUGGGGCAGGGCUGGUGCUCCGAAGCCCGGAUGGCUUCACGGUUGAGUACGCGAUCAAGUUAGACUUUCCAACUACCAACAAUGAAGCUGAGUAUGAGGCCCUUAUAGCUGGAUUGGGAUUGGCGAGAACCCUGAGGGUUAAAAACCUGAAAGUAUGUGGGGACUCAAGACUUGUGGUGUCACAGGUUAAUGGAGAAUUUGAGGCACGAGAAGAAACAAUGCUGAAAUACUUAAGGAUUGUGAAAGCCCAGAUGACGCAAUUUAAAGAAUGUUUGGUAGAACAUAUACCUAGGGAAGAGAAUACAAAGGCUGAUGCCUUAUCCCAGUUUGCAUCCUCAGAGAAUGAGGUGUGCUCGGGAAGUGUUUACUAUCAGGUUUUGAAAACCCCAAGUAUCAAUGCCAAGCUGGUAGCCCCAAUCGACACGGGGGCCACUUGGAUCGAUGAGGUCAAAACGUAUCUCGAAACUGGACAUCUACCACCUGAUGCUGGGGAAGCACGAAAACUACAAGUAAGAGCUUUAAAGUAUGCACUCAUUGAAGGGAUUCUCUAUAAGAAAUCUUUUGUUAUACCUUAUUUGAAGUGUUUAAGGCCGGAUGAGGCCCGGGAAGCCUUGAAAGAGGUCCAUGAAGGAAUCUGUGGCCAGCACCUAGGCGGGAGAGCCUUGGCUCACAAAAUUACUCGCCUUGGGUUCUUUUGGCCAAAUAUGCUGAAGGAUGCGAAGGAUUAUGUUAAGAGAUGCGAUCGUUGUCAGAGAUUUGCACCUGUUGUGCGCCAGCCCCCAGAGAUGCUGACAUCCAUUAACUCCCCGAUUCCCUUUGCUAUGUGGGGGAUGGACAUCCUAGGGCCGUUUCCACUCGCCAGUGCUCAAAGGAAGUUUUUGAUAGUGGCUAUUGACUACUUUACCAAGUGGAUUGAGGCCAAACCCCUGGCCAAGAUAACCACCAAGCAAGUUGCUCAGUUCUUUUGGGAAAACGUCAUAUGCAGGUAUGGCAUACCCCGAGUCUUGGUUACUGACAAUGGAGCUCAGUUCAACAAUCCAGAGUUUGUGGGAUACUGUAACGACUAUAGCAUUGAGCUACGAUUCACUUCGGUUGCCCAUCCUCAAGCCAAUGGGCAAGCUGAAGUAGCCAACAGGAUAAUCCUUGAUGGGCUAAAGAAAAGAGUCGAGAAAGCGCAUGGGUCUUGGGCUGAAGAGAUUCUCCCUAUACUAUGGGCAUAUCGAACAACCUGCAAGGUCUCCACAGGAGCAACCCCGUUCCAGUUAGCUUACGCGGCUGAAGCCGUAGUGCCACUUGAGAUAACUCAUACCUCCCCCAGGGUCCAGCAGUAUGAGCCCGAAGCCAAUGAGGAAGGAAUGAGACUCGCACUCGACAUGAUCGAUGAGGUCCGUGAUGAGGCUAACGCCAGGAUCGUUGAGAGCCAAAAACGAGCUUCCUAUUACUAUAAUCUCCGAGUCAAGGAACGAUUCUUCAGAAAAGGGGAUUUAGUCCUAAGGAAAGCUGAGGCCUCAGGAGUUGGUCCCAAGGGAAAGAUGGCCCAAAACUGGGAAGGUCCGUAUCAGGUGAAGGAUGUUAUUGGUCGCGGCUCGUACAAGCUUCAGACCCUGGAUGGAGUUGAGUUUCCAAGGAGUUGGCAUGCCACCAACUUGAAGAUUUAUUAUAUUUGA